GAAAGUGCGUCACGUGACGGCUGGCUCCGCCUCUUCCUCUCGGUCCCAUAUUGAACUCGAGUUGGAAGAGGCGAGUCCGGUCUCAAAAUGGAGGUAAAACCGCCGCCCGGUCGCCCCCAGCCCGACUCCGGCCGUCGCCGCCGCCGCCGGGGGGAGGAGGGUCAUGAUCCCAAGGAACCAGAGCAGUUGAGAAAGCUGUUCAUUGGUGGUCUGAGCUUUGAAACUACAGAUGACAGCUUAAGAGAACACUUUGAGAAAUGGGGCACACUUACAGAUUGUGUGGUGAUGAGAGACCCCCAAACAAAACGUUCCAGGGGCUUUGGUUUUGUGACUUACUCUUGUGUUGAAGAAGUGGAUGCAGCGAUGUGUGCUCGACCGCACAAGGUUGAUGGGCGUGUAGUGGAACCAAAGAGAGCUGUUUCUAGAGAGGAUUCUGUAAAGCCUGGUGCCCAUCUAACAGUGAAGAAAAUUUUUGUUGGUGGUAUUAAAGAAGAUACAGAAGAAUAUAAUUUGAGAGACUACUUUGAAAAGUAUGGCAAGAUUGAAACCAUAGAAGUUAUGGAAGACAGGCAGAGUGGGAAAAAGAGAGGAUUUGCUUUUGUAACUUUUGAUGAUCAUGAUACAGUUGAUAAAAUUGUUGUUCAGAAAUACCACACUAUUAAUGGGCAUAAUUGUGAAGUGAAAAAGGCCCUUUCUAAACAAGAGAUGCAAUCUGCUGGAUCACAAAGAGGUCGUGGAGGUGGAUCUGGCAACUUUAUGGGUCGUGGAGGAAACUUUGGAGGUGGUGGAGGUAACUUUGGCCGUGGUGGAAACUUUGGUGGAAGAGGAGGCUAUGGUGGUGGAGGUGGUGGCAGCAGAGGGAGCUAUGGAGGAGGCGAUGGUGGAUAUAAUGGAUUUGGAGGGGAUGGUGGCAACUAUGGCGGUGGUCCUGGUUAUAGUAGUAGAGGAGGUUACGGUGGUGGUGGACCAGGAGGAUAUGGAAACCAAGGUGGUGGAUAUGGUGGCGGUGGUGGAGGAUAUGAUGGUUACAAUGAAGGAGGAAAUUUUGGAGGUAACUAUGGUGGUGGUGGAAACUAUAAUGAUUUUGGAAAUUAUAGUGGACAACAGCAGUCAAAUUAUGGACCCAUGAAAGGGGGUAGUUUUGGUGGAAGAAGCUCGGGCAGUCCCUAUGGUGGUGGUUAUGGAUCUGGUGGUGGAAGUGGUGGAUAUGGUAGCAGAAGGUUCUAAAAACUCAGAAGAAAAGGGCUACAGUUCUUAGCAGGAGAGAGAGCGAGGAGUUGUCAGGAAAGCUGCAGGUUACUUUGAGACAGUCGUCCCAAAUGCGUUAGAGGAACUGUAAAAAUCUGCCACAGAAGGAACGAUGAUCCAUAGUCAGAAAAGUUACUGCAGCUUAAACAGGAAACCCUUCUUGUUCAGGACUGUCAUAGCCACAGUUUGCAAAAAGUGCAGCUAUUGAUUAAUGCAAUGUAGUGUCAAUUAGAUGUACAUUCCUGAGGUCUUUUAUCUGUUGUAGCUUUGUCUUUUUCUUUUUCUUUUCAUUACAUCAGGUAUAUUGCCCUGUAAAUUGUGGUAGUGGUACCAGGAAUAAAAAAUUAAGGAAUUUUUAACUUUUCAAUAUUUGUGUAGUUCAGUUUUUCUACAUUUUAGUACAGAAACUUUAACAAAAUGCAGUUUUGAAGGUGUUUCCUUGUGAGUUAACAAGUAAAGAAGAUCAUUGUUAAUUACUAUUUUGUAUGAAUUUUGCUAAAGUUAACUGUAAAGAAACACCUGCUGACUUGCAGUUUAAGGGGAAUCUAUUCUCCCCAUUUCCAAACCAUGAAAUGAAUGGCUCUGACAUGUGGAGAGAAUAGAUAUUUGUAUGUUUGCAAUGUGUGUUUUAGAUAAUAGAAUUGGGUAUUUAAAUUAGCAUAUUUGUGAAUUUAAUAGCAUUAAGAUUUACCUUCAAAUGAAAAAUCUCAAAAUUUAUAUUUGGUUUUUGUGCAUUUUCUUUCAAAAUGUAAUCAUGAUUUUAGUGUCUUGGCUUUGCUGAGAGUCCUAGCUGUGUUAGAACAUCUCCAUUCUACAUUCGCCUUGGUCACAAGUGAACUGCUGCCAUAGUUUUAUUUGGGUGUAAAGAAUGUCUACUGCCCUCUGUUUAAAUUCUGGGAAGGGGUAGUGAAUGUUUCCCCUUUCCUCCUACCUUAGGAAACAUUCUUAAAAUGUGGAAAAUACAAGACCACUAAGCCUGCUGUAUCUGAGCAAAUUAGUGGCUAUCUUUUUUUCCUUUUUAAAGCACAAGAGGCCCGUAAAUCUUCAGUUAUUUUCCUUGGUUUAAUAUAUAUUUUUUUGAUACAAGCUCUCAGAGCAAGGGAAUAAAAAUCAUGCAUUGUUGAACCCUUAACUGGCUGGCAUGCUUUCCUGUUUGUACCCUCUGCAUUUUACUGGGUGAAAACCAAGGAUAGUCUAGAUGGAAAUCAUCUCAGAUACUUAACUGCAGUAGACUUGCAGCACAGUUGCUUAGUACAAAAAAGCUUUUCACUUCCCCAAGACCUGAAUUCAAAUUUGAAUAGUCAGCUUGUACUCACUUAAAAUCCCAAAGAACACACUGUUACUCAUGUGUAUGCUUGAACCGAAAUCAUGUUGGUAUGAGUUUACAAUUUGUUUGGAAGAUCCUUGUUGAGAAGAGUUUUAGAUAACAAGGUCACACAUAUAUAUAUAUAUAUAAAUCAAUGUCUACUGUUCUGCGCCAGCUAGUGUUUACAAUUUCAUUCAAGCCCUGAGUAUGUGCCCUGUUGUUAUUGUUUCUUUGGCAGUUGAACGUUGAAUUCGAGUUUCUUAUUUUUGUUUUAAGAAGUACUAAGCAAAACAAGCAAUAAAGGGGGGAUGGGGCGUGCUAGUGUUUGACUAUGCUCUCGUUGCUCUAAUUCUGUGCCUCUGUGCAUUAAUAUUUGGAUGCAUGCCAGCAUGGAAAUUGGUCUUCACAGACACUGCAGUUUUUCAGAAAACACUCACAAACCAAUAAAUGUAACAGACAACAUUCCAUUUGUUAAUGGACAUAUGUGAAUAAGCAGUGUAGAAAAUAGGCUAAUUAUCAGCAAAUGGUUAAGUCUUUAACAACUUAAAAGUGUGGUUAUAUAAAUGGACACUGUCAAUGUUCAUAACUUAAAUCUGGGUACCUGGUCAAAAUAAUGCUUGGGAAACAUUUAUUAAAAUUAAGCUAAAUUGUCUCAAGGUUUUUUUAUUCAUAUAAUAAAGGUUGAAGGAAUGGGGGAGGUUAACAUUUCCUGUUUCUAUGUUUGUGAAAUUGUUUUGACACAACCUUGACAGUAUCCUUUAAUGACAUAUGAGGUUAAUUGUACUGUUAACAAAACUUUCUGUGUUCUGGAACUAGUUUAAUAGUGAAAAUACUGUCAGUUAAGUUGAUGUUUGCAACCUAUAAGCAGGUGAAAUCUGUGUAUGUGACCUGUUUAUAAGUUGUAUUGUUAGCUUAGCUCUUGUGAACAGUGUGGAAAAGUUAAGCCAUGAGGAGAGCGAUUUAACCAGCUUUAAAGGACCUAAGAGGUGCUUUUUAAGCACGAUGUGGAUCAAACGAGACUCACUAAGACAGGACUUCAGCAGCAUUUUGAGUAUGGACAAGUCAGCAUAAAUAAAGAAUGACAAGGCAGCAGCAAGAGCUUCAACUACAGAGAAGUGAAGGCAUAAAAUACUAUGGUGAUAGUGAGCAACUUUCCAAAAGCUAGUUAAAUCUGCUUAUUACAACUGAAAUAUCGAAGAAGGUCUAGCAGGAAGGAGCUCUUCGCCUUUUGGAACACCAAUGAGAUAGUUGGCCACAGUCACUAGGUCUAGCAUUUAGACCUGCGAGGAAGGGCAAUAAGCAUUAGGUAAGGUUUGAAUUUGAAUUUUUUCACUAAUUAAAGAGUAAUUUUUUGUAAAGCAAGGUAAGAGUAAUUUUUUUGAUUUGCAGGUUGAAUGAGAACCCUACUUGCCUAAAUGAGGAAUGUCUUUCCUACCAUCUUAAAUACGAAGGUUUCUGGCUGGGUAAGGUUUGUAGCUCACAGUAAAGCCUGAUGACACCAUUUGUUUCCCCAUAAAUUUACAGUACAUAUUUUAAAACUAUUAGAUACAUAGGCACACUUGUAAAGGUGAAAGCUUUGUCUUGAGGAAUCACAUCCAGCACAUUUUAAACAGUUUUAAGAUUUUCUCUGCAAAAACCAUGAGUGUUGAUCUUGAGUCAGAUAUAAACAAUUCACUGUUGGUGUCCUUAGGAUACAGUCAGUUUUUGAAAAAAGAGUGACCAGAUUUUUUUAAAGAAUUUUUGUAACAAGCAUGACUUGUAACAGAAGCGUUACACUUCCAAUCCUCAUUCUAGGGGAAAAAAAACACAUCUGGAAUGAACUUGCAAAACUGUCAGAUCAUACAGAUCUAAAAAUGGUCUUCAUUCAAGUGGCCUCAUACAUAAGUAAGUUCUCUUGCAUAUGACUUCAGGGAAUUUGGACUAAUAGGAUAAACUUUUGGUUCUCUUUUGGUUUUGUUGUUGGCCUGUUAACCAGAAGUAGUGGGGCCGUACAUGAACUAAAGCUUCUUUCUAAAAGACAACCUUUCCCAAAGAAUAGUUAAAAAAUACUCCAUUGCUACACAAAGUCAGAUGCUAAUUGUUCAUAAGGGCUAUUAUUGCUGCCCCAAAAGGGCUCGUUAAAAUUUGAGAUUUGGUGUUACUUCACUUUUUAAAAUAACACUAGGGGAAGGGGACAGAUGGUUAAAACUAGUUUCUAAAUUAUAAGUCAAGUUCUUAUAUAUAAACAAGAGUAGUUUGCCACAGAUUUAUUUUCAGAGAAUGGCUGGUUGGGUCUCUGACUAAAUCAGGGCUGAGUUUCUACAUAUAAUAAGUGUUAAAUAAGGUAAAUAGCCUUUUUAAUAAUUUUCUUUUACAACAUGGUUUUUAAUGACGCAAAUUUCCUAAGAUGAUAAAACAUUUUCUUUUUUGAAGGCAAGACAUUGUUCUUUUCCAGUCCAUCGAUUUUAUGAAAUAAAGUGAUUUUAUUUAAAUGUAGUUCCACUGUCAUUUCUGAAAAAUACGAUGCUCUUAACACUGGUAAACAAAGUUAUACAAGAGAUGGUCAAGGCAAACCUUUCGUCAAAACUCCUAGGUUAUAGCCUCCCACACUACAUUUCUUUUUUAAAAAAUCAAUUUACACUCAUGUCCUAAAGAAAAUUGGGUAAAAAGGACCAUUUGUUGAACAGUUGAAAUAAAAUUGUUUUAAGAGUUCUAAUUAUGUAAGUCACAAUUUGAAGUAUUUCUAACGCCAGUAUCUCUCGGAAUUCCAGUAAUUGUCACACAGGAGUGAGUAAGCAUGCUACUGUGCAGGGAACGUAAGGAUUGUUAGCCUAUAUCAAGUAUUCAAGAUUUCUUUCCAAUCAAUGUUUUACUCUGAUUUAUAAGACUUUAAGAGGUGGUCUGUAAUGGAUUCAAAUGUUUUAUUUGUAGUAUAAUGAAAUGUUUACAGAAAGAACUUUUUCAUUAAAAUAUUUUUAGAAAUGUG